AUGGCGAUCAAGUCUCUAGUUCUUCUUGGUGUCGUACUAGCCUCGCUCCUGCUUCUCUCCGAGGAUGUAGCGGGUGCUAGAGAGCUUACAGAUGCUAAAGAAUCCAAGGAGAAGAAUGUGAAACCUGCAGGAGGGUCGGGCCUGCCUAAGGAAGAGAAGUGGGGAGGUGGAAACAAGCAUGAUGGAGGAUACAGAGACGGUGAAGGGUAUGGAAACGGUGGAGGGUAUGGCGCUGGUGGAUACGGUAAUGGUGGGGGAUAUGGAAACGGUGGCGGAGGUUAUGGCUAUGGAGGUUAUGGAAACAAUGGUGGUGGGUAUGGUGGAGGAUACGGCAAUUCUGGGCACGGUGGCGGUUAUGGGCGUGGUUACGGCGGUGGAGGCUAUGGACCCGGAUAUGGUGGCGGGUAUGGCAAUGGCGAUGGAAAUGGUGGAUUUGGCAGCGGCUUUGGUGGGGGAUAUGGUGGUGGCGGCGGAUAUGGUGGAGGUGGAGGAUACGGUGGUGGUGGCGGAUAUGGUGGAGCUGGAGGAUACGGUGGCGGUGGCGGUGGAGGUUACGGUGGAGGAUAUGGUGGCGGUGGCUAUCCUUGA